AUGCAACCUUCAGACGACGCCCUUGACUUCUACGACUCUCUUCUGAUAUUUCAUCGCAUCUGUCCCUUUGCCGUCAAGAAUUUGCCCAUCAUGUCGCGCAGAGUAUUCGAUGUCGGUCUUGAUAUGGGACGUAUACGAAACGGCUUGAAGCAUAAUAAAGACAGCAAACGCAGCAAAAGCUUUCGAUCCAACUUUACCAAAGACGACAGCCUCGUCGACGAUACUCCGCUUCCAAAUCAGAACAACGCCCUCGUACCGCGGCACAAGAAAAGCAAUCCCAGCCUUGCCACGAAACGGCAAAAUCACAAUCACACUCUCAGCAACGAAGAGCCUGUCGUCCUCCCUUCAGCAAAUCUAUCGCCAAGAAUGGACACAGAAUUCCCACUACCACCUUCGAAGCGUGUUUCCCCAGAACAGAACCAAGUCAAUGGGAAUGCAGAACGCUCCUCACACUCAUCCCAACUUUUCCCCUCAGGACCAUCCAAUGGUAGCCCAGAAAGUGCGCCGAAGCCGGAAAGGAGAGGAUCCGGUGACCAGAACUUCGACCUCAAACCGCCUCCUCCAAAUUCCAAAGUCAAGAACAUUGAUACCCUUUCUGAGCAGCUCUUCUCUGGUGACCAUCUGCGCGUCAUUCUCAAGGAUCCAUCAUUCUUCCUCCGAUUUACUGCCUUCCUCAAUCGCUAUCGACCACACUCUGCCCCGAUACUCGUACGCUAUCUCGAGGCACAGAAGGCCAUGAAGGCCGUAGAGUAUGCGAAUGCCUUGGCCGAGACAUUAAGACCGACACCAGGCGAACCCUCGGGUCCUUGCCCCGCGGCAGCUAUUGACCCAAGAUUCGAGGCGAGGUCGAAGAGGUCAUUCGAGUCCUUGAUCAAUGAAGCUCUACCAGCAUAUAUUACGAAUUGUCUCACGAAAGUGGUGACCGAAAGCAUGGUCAAAGAAAUCACGGGACAAGGAAUGCCUGUCAUGCGCGAGCUUGUUGGAGGUCUGGCAGAAGUCUUCUGCUUAGCGGACCCAAGUAUAAAGGACUGCCCCAUCGUCUAUGCCAGCGAAGAGUUUUAUCGCACGUCAAGGUACUCACGAGAUGAUGUCUUAGGUAGAAAUUGCCGUUUCUUACAAGGUCCGAAGUCAAACCGAACAACCGUCGCCCGAAUUGGCACAGCAAUCAAAUCUGGACAAGAGUCUUGCGAAACGCUUCUCAACUACAGGCGAGAUGGUACACCAUUCAUGAACCUCCUUCUCACAGCGCCUCUCUACGACAACCGAGGCUCUGUCCGCUACUUCAUCGGCGCCCAAAUAGAUGUCUCCGGAUUGAUCGAGGAUGGCCGUGGCCUCGACUCUUUCGCACACUAUCUCGCAGAGAAUCGGCCAAACCGAAAUCGAGACAGCGACCAAUCCAACGAUACUAUCUCUCAAAGACAUCUCAAAACGCUCAGCGAGUUCGGCCAAAUGCUCUCUUUGGACGAAUCGUCCGUCUUCCAGCAUCACUCCCGCGCGAGCUCGGUGCAAGACAAUGCUUCAACUAUCAGCUAUAGAGGAAACCACAGCCGUCAGGAACCAGGGAUGAGGCGUACGCGUAGAGUUCUGGGCAACGAUGAUGAUGAAGAAGAAGAAGGAAAGGACAAGAACGCGUGGGCGCUCUCUUCCAUCGGGCCAUCCGGAAAGCUGCCCGGUGUCUAUCAAAACUACCUCCUCGUCCGCCCACACCCCUCCAUGCGCAUCAUCUUCGUCUCCCCCGCCCUUCGCAUCCCUGGCCUCCUCCAAUCCCCUUUCCUUUCCCGCAUCGGCGGUCCUUCGCAUGUCCGCGAAGGUCUUCUCGACGCGUUCGAAUCCGGCGCUGCUGUCACCGCAAAAGUGACUUGGCUACCGCAUGGCCAGGAGAAUAAUGACAUGACAAAUGGUGACUCGAGACCCAGCAGCAGAAGGGGAGGGCCACCAGAUCAAAGUGCACGUACGAGAUAUAUCUCGUGCACGCCGCUACUGGGAAGUGAUGACCAAGUUGGCGUCUGGAUGGUUGUGAUGGUGGAGAAUGAACUCGUCACCGGCUCGCUCGCAUCCCGCCAAGCCGCGCUGAAUAGAUUCAACAACAACAACAACGAGAUACCUCCCACACCCUCGGAGUAUCAGCGCGAAAUGCACGUUGGCAGUGACACCGACGAAGGCGGCGGGGCCAGGAGAACCUUUGAAAGUCAAAGAGGAGGAUUCGAAAGAAGCGCGAGCGGGCAGAUCAGGGAUGAAAGAAAGGGAAGAGUUGGGAGUGAGGGCGGGAGACUGUACGCUGAUUUCAUGAAGAACGGUGGCGGAGGAAAGAUGAGUAUGGAUGAUAUGGCCGAGGAAAAUGGGACCGGGAAUGGGAUCCGCCAAUCGGAUGGGCCGGACAGGUAUGUUAACGGAGAGGGAAGGGUGGAGGAGGUGAGGAGUCCAUGA